AUGCAUCAAUCACCGCGGCGGUCGGUGAUCAAGCAUCCGCACAACUUUCAGGGCGCCCAGGUCAUGUCGAGCAGCGCCGAGGCCCUGGCCGAAGCGAGCGGGCGCUACGAUUCAGGCGCCAGCUACGCCCCUCGGCCCGAUGCCGGCGCACCCGCAGCGGGGCCCGGUGCUGCUGCUGCUGCUGCGUCGUCGUCGGCGAGCAACACCCCAAACUACCUCAAGGGCGUCGACGGCAUCGGCAACGGCAGCGGCGAGCUCGGCACGCUUGGCACCAACUUUGACCUCGGCGAGCUCGACUUGAUCCCGCAGAGGAGCGCCCCUGCACCUCCCGGCGGCGCUGCGCUGUCGUCUGGCUCGCGCGCGCAGAUCCACGGCGUCGCGGGCGGUCCAGCCAACGUGGCCGGCUCCUCGUCCUUUGUGCGGGCAGGCACGUCGACCGCGUCUCCUCCGACUGCCUCGGCACCGCUGUUCGCCAAUGGCGCCCAUUCCCCCGCCUCUGCGUUUGCAUCGCCGUCGCAGCGCGUGGGCCCGAGCAGCGCUCGGCCCGGCCUGCCCCUGCAGACCUCGCUGCCCUUCAGCACCGGCGGGUUUGCUCACUCGUCGCCUACGCAAUCCGGCAGCCCGCACUCGAGUCCGUGGUCGCCCACCAACUCGAUGCCGCCACGCCCAGUGAGAUCCAACACCUCGGCGGCCGACACGCUCCAGACGCUAUCCACGAUCCCCUCUGCCAAUCCACCACCGGCGGCGCCCGCCAUGGUGCAGCGGUCGCAUUCCAGCAUCGGCGCCCAGCACCACCACCACCACCUUCACCAGCAGCCGCCACAGGUAUCUGGCGUCAACUCGCCCACGCUCGGCAGCCACACCUCGCCGACGUUGGAGGGCGGGCCUCACGACCACUUUUCGCCGACGUCCUCGACCGGGGCGUCAUCGGCAGCGCAGAGCCAGUUCCUCUCGGCCAACCGCGACCGGGAAAAGAGCAGGGACGGCACCCUCACCCCGGGCGGCCGCAACACCUUCAAGAGCGUCUUUGGCGGCUUUGUCAACUCGAUGAGUGACGUCUUCUCGCAGCAGAAAAAGAUUGAGAUCUCCACGCCGUACGAUCCCGUCCACCUCACACAUGUCGGCUUCAACUCGGAUACGGGAGAGUUUACCGGUCUUCCAAAGGAGUGGCAGCAGCUGCUGCAAGAGUCGGGCAUCUCGCGGCAGGACCAGGAGGCCAACCCUCAGGCCGUGAUGGACAUCGUCGCCUUCUACCAGGACGCCACCCAGCACGAUAGCGAGCAGGACGCAGUGUGGAAGAAGAUGGGCGGCGCAAAGGGUGCCGCCGCCGAUUCGGGCAGCUGGCCGGACACUGGCAGCGAGGAGAGCGGCAGCAAGGGCGGCGUCGUCGGUGCCGGCGGCCAGAUCCUCUACGAGAAGCCGCGUGCGGCGCCAGCCCCUCCCGGCGUUGUCUCGGUCAGGAAGUCUCCCCGGGUUCCCUCGCCUCCGGAGCAUCGGCCAGGCGCCGCUGCAGGAGGAGCAUCGGCGGCGACAGGGGAGGCGCAGUUCAAGCCCAGCCGACCGGCGCCUCCGCCUGGCGCACCGGCUUCCGCGUCGGACCGGGCGAACCGGUCCCCCUCGCUCAAGGCGCCUUCGCAGCCUUCGAGCGGCAAGACGUCGCCGGCAACGAGAGCGCCAGACAUGCCCUCUACGGCACCGCGCCAGGCGCCCGCAGCGCCCGGCUCCGGCUCGUCGUCGGUGGCAUCGUCGUCGGCCGCCGCCGCCAAGGCCGGUGGCGCCAAGACGACCGGCGCCGUGCCCCGGCGAAGGGAGACGAAGAAGAACACGGUCAAGGACUCGGACGUGAUUGCCAAGCUCCAGGCGAUCUGCACCGAUGCUGACCCGACCAAGCUUUACCGGAGCCUGCAGAAGAUUGGACAGGGCGCAUCCGGCGGCGUCUUCACGGCGUACCAGGUGGGGACCAACCUGUCGGUGGCGAUCAAGCAGAUGAACCUCGAGCAGCAGCCCAAGAAGGACCUCAUCAUCAACGAGAUCCUGGUCAUGAAGGAGUCACAGCACAAGAACAUCGUCAACUUUAUCGAUUCGUUCCUGUUCAAGGGCGACCUGUGGGUGGUGAUGGAGUACAUGGAGGGCGGCAGCCUGACGGACGUGGUGACGUGCAACAUCAUGACCGAGGGCCAGAUUGCGGCCGUGAGCCGCGAGGUGCUCGAAGGGCUGCGGCACCUGCACGAGCACGGCGUCAUCCACCGCGACAUCAAGUCGGACAAUAUCCUGCUCAGCCUGACGGGCGACAUCAAGCUGACCGACUUUGGCUUCUGCGCGCAGAUUGGCGAGUCGCAGGCCAAGCGGACGACGAUGGUGGGCACGCCGUACUGGAUGGCGCCCGAGGUGGUGACGCGCAAGGAGUAUGGGCCCAAGGUCGACAUCUGGUCGCUGGGCAUCAUGUGCAUCGAGAUGGUUGAGGGCGAGCCGCCGUACCUCAACGAGAACCCGCUGCGCGCCCUCUACCUGAUCGCCACCAACGGCACGCCCAAGAUCCACAACCCGGACAACCUCUCGAGCACCUUCCGCGACUUUUUGCGCACCUGCCUCGACGUCGACGCCGAGAGGAGGCCCGACGCCGUCGGCAUGCUCGGCCACGCCUUCCUGCGCCGGUCCGAGAGCCUUCGGACGCUUGCGCCGCUGAUCAAGGCGGCGCGCGAGCAAGCUGCGAAGAAGUGA